GUGGCUACUACGCAAGCCAACGUUGGAUUAUCGACGCCAAGUGAAUCGUGGAAUGUGUAUGUGUACGUUUAAGUGCGAUUAAACCGACGAAUACACUGCAAGGACGCAGCAGGCGGCGCUAUCGUAAAGGAAACGGCAUUCACCCUGGAUCAUUUUCAAUAACAUUGGACGUAAGCAUGUAAGAAAACCUGCAAAUCGAUUGGUUGAACUCGUCGUUAUACCAUAAAUUCAUGUGAUCGAUGAAAGUGCCGGGUGUGUCACAACACAAUUACAGAUUUCGAUGUCAUCGCAUUGAGUCGCUGUGUCAUUAAUUUUAACGUCGGUGUCAAGUAUGGUUCUAUUUGCUGCAGGUUGGACAAGACGUAAACACAUACAACCACCGUAAUCUCAUUGUCAUUUUACACAGGUCCGUUCCCCCACGUUACUCACAAAUCCAGUAUAUCGAUUGCCUUCUGACAAUAGUGGAAUAAACAAUAGCGGCAGUUCUUCGUCAUCAAUAGACCGUAAUUGCAAGUAUCUGUUGUCAUUAUUGUCCGAGCUGACUGCGAUCAAUAAGUUACACAUGCUGACCAUCGUCCAGUUUACUGGAUAACAUCAGAUCUGGUCGUUGCUGACCACCACAACCCAAGAAUGAAACCACCAUGUCCAUGUGCAUCAACGAUACUCACUCUGUCAAUUGUUCCGGCAACUGGACGAAUUCGACGAUACUGUUUGAGAACUCUCCUCCGUACAGCGUUUGGCAGGCUGUUUUAAUAACACUGCUCCUGGGAACUGUCAUUUUAUUAACUAUCAUCGGAAACUGGCUGGUCGUGUUAUCCGUGUGCCUAGUACGUAAGCUGCGCACGCCGGCCAAUUACCUGUACGUUUCACUGGCCGUCUCGGAUCUCAGCAUCGCCAUCCUAGUCAUGCCACUAGCGCUCGUCAAAGAAAUUAGCGGUACGUGGAUGUUUGGCGAAGAAGUUUGCGAUAUGUGGAUUGCUUUCGACGUUACCAUAUGCACUUCGUCGAUACUGACUCUCUGUAUGAUUAGCGUGGAUCGUUACCUCGCUAUCACUAGGCCUUUCAAAUACCUCACUAAACGGACGCCUCGACUGAUGGCGGUCAUGAUAACGACCAUUUGGGUCGCCUCUGCGCUGAUCUCGCUGCCGCCUAUAUUUGGAUGGGGUAACGGCAAUGUGCACGCCGACAACGACUGCUUGGUAAGCCAGGACUACGCCUAUACCAUAUAUUCGACGUUUGGUGCGUUCUACGCGCCGUUGACUGUAAUGAUUGUAAUUUAUGCGAAGCUCUACCGGGCUGCGGAUUUGCUCAGAAGAGCCGAUAUUAAGCAAAACCGUGCCGGUAUGUUUAAUCCACGGAAACCCAAGCAUGUGACCAAAAUGGUCAAAACGAACACCAAGAACGCUGGAUACGAAAAUGUUGUAACAUUCCACGUCCCUAAGGAAUGCAAGCAUAGACAUGGGGCUAACAUUUCCAUGACAGGGGAGAGGAAGGCUGCCAAGACACUUGGCGUAAUCAUGGGUGCAUUUAUCCUGUGUUGGCUGCCGUUUUUUAUUCUUGCUUUACUCCGACCUUUUUGCAAUUGUGAGAUUCCGUUGGUGCUGAAUGGGUGUUUCCUGUGGUUAGGUUACUGCAAUUCUAUGCUAAAUCCUGUAAUAUACGCGAUGUUCAAUAGAGACUUCAGGAGACCUUUCCGUCUCCUUCUCACAUGCCGGUGGAAAGAAGUCACCAAGGCGUCAGGUAACCAGAGUGUCAAGCUGGCUUUGAAACUUAUGGCCGAAGAAAAAAUGAACCGCCGUGAUAGCGACAAACAGACUUCGGAGCACGCUAGAAGUAUGUUACUCAAUGGAGGCUCUCGCACCAAGAUACCGGAAAUGUCUAAACUAUAA